AUGCAGCAAGUGCUGAGUGCUUUAAGAUUCAAUGUGACAGGAACUUUCCAGAGGGCUAUUGGCCAUUUAUUUGGUGUUUCUGUAUUUGCUGCAUGCACAGUCAUCCACAAGGUUUCAAGGGCUAAACUCCUGUCAUUCCCAGAGAACCUGGGUGAUACCAAGAGAAAGUUUUAUGUCGUUGCGCACUUUCCAGGAGUGAUCGGAGCCAUCGAUUUUACCCACAUCGGGAUCAUAUGUCCAAAUAAAGAAAAUGCUAUGGCAUUUGUUAACAGAAAGCAGUUUUACUCCAUUAACGUCCAAGCCGUUUGUGAUAGCGAUGCCUUUAUUACUAACGUAACCCGCUGGCCUGGGUCUACUCACAACUCACUCAUUUUUGAGAACAGCAACAUCGCAGACACAUUAAGGAAUGAUACUCUUGAUGGCAUACUUGUGGGUGACAGUGGAUGCGCUUGUAGGACAUACUUAAUGACACCAAUCCUCAAGCCAAAGAAUGCAGGAGAUGUGCGCUACAAUACUGCACAUAGGCGUACUUGGUGUGUUAUUGAGAGAUGCUUUGGAUUGCUAAAACGACGUUUUCCUGGUCUGCACUUGGGACUGCGCACCGCCUUGGAGAAUACCCUUGUCAUUAUUGUGGCCACCGCAGUGUUGCAUGAAUUUCGCCCUAAUGCAUCGAGAACAAGACUUUGA